AUGGCACAGUUUCAUGUUCUGGCUGUUGAUGAUAGUGUUAUUGAUAGAAUGUUGAUUGAAAGACUCCUCAAAACCUCUUCAUUUCAUGGUAAUUAUUUAGUUACUGUGGUUGAUUCUGGUAGCAAGGCUUUGAAGUUUCUUGGUUUGGUUGAAGAUGAAGUGAGGAAUGAAAAGGUUUCAUCUAUUGCUACGGAAGCAGAUCAGGUUGUGGAAGUGAAUCUGAUUAUAACUGAUUAUUGUAUGCCAGGAAUGACAGGCUAUGAUCUGCUGAGAAAAAUCAAGGAAUCUAAUUCUCUUAAAGACAUACCAGUUGUGAUUAUGUCAUCAGAGAAUGUUCCAUCAAGAAUCAACAGAUGUCUAGAAGAAGGAGCUGAAGAGUUUUUUCUGAAACCAGUUCAACAAUCAGAUGUAAAUAAGCUGAAACCACAUUUGUUGAAGACAAAAGUUAAGAAUGUUGGUGGUGAUCAAACCAACAACAUAGGAAGGAUAGAGAACAAUAAAAGAUGUUACAUUCAAAAUUAA